AAGAGAUCUCCCUGAUCCUUUGUGGGAUGAAAGCCCCAACUUUGCCAUUUUCUAAAAUGGUAAGCGCCCCAGGGGCCUACCGAGUUUUGGAACCGAUAAUCCGUCGUGUUCUAUCAACUUUAGUGCUCCUUGGGUGCCUGCUCUUUUCCGCGUUGCCGACCGAGUCCUUUCGGAUCGCAAAAUGGAAAUUCGUUUCACCGCGACGUAUUCCAGUACCGCCACCAACGGUUGUCACGAAGGGUACACGCUGUAGCAAUCGUCGUCGAAACGGCUGGAGUCGACUAUGGGCCGAACCAUUUCACGGCGACAAUAAGGAUGCAUCCCCAUCGAACAGAGGCACAGAUACGCGACCAAUUCUAGUGGUGGAUUGGGACGGGUGUUUGGUGGAAAAUACAGUCGAUUGGCGCAUUGCUGUCGGUAUCCAAGCGGCGGCUCAAACGUGGCCAUCCUCCGUCCAUCUUCCCGACGACACGUCCUGGCUACGCAACAAACUCACGUCAUUGGCACACGUUUUAAUUGGACCACCGCCGGAUAGCACCGCUACUUCACAAGACGCUUCUAUGGUUGAUGUGUCUACGACUGUGGAAUACGCCUUGUGUGUCCGACUGUUACUAGAAGAACAGGCCUUGGAUCAAGGUCGUUCGGUAGGCAAGUCGGGCAAGUACGCCUCACAGUUUCACCCCCAAUCGGAUGACACCACCACCUUGACAACGACUACGACACCUUUCGCUUCCGAUUCUUUCUCGCCCAAUCAUGGUCGAAAUGAACGCAGUAGUCGGCCACUCACUGUGGGGGAGAUUGGCGAAAACUGGAGGGAGACCUUGCGUGAAGCAACCAUUUUUCGAUAUCAUGUCAACUACCAGAAUCCUUUACCCCUGCUUCAAAACAACACCGGGUGCAUUUUACAAGACAUUCAUAUGAUGUGCAAUAUUCCAGCGCUCCAAGUUGACGAGCAGGCUUGUCGGGCUUUGCAAACGCUAGCGUCGACAGCCGUCGUAAUUGUUGUGGCCCACAAGUCGGAAGUCGCAAUCGCGUGUGACGUUUUACAACAAUAUGCUGGUUCAGAGCACUGCGACUGGAAAAUCCGUGACAAGGCUACCGAGUGUUUUGGCCAAUACAAGCCGUCACAAAUUCACUUCCUACCACGGUCCGCACAAACGCUGCGGGACAUACUUCAGGCACUUCCGGCCGGCUCAUCCCGUCGCGUUCAUCUGAUAGAAUCCUCUUGGCCAGCUUUGCAAUCAUCAAUUUCCUGUUUUGGUGACACCAUUCCUCGAGCUCGUAGCAUCUAUCCAUAUGAUAGCACUGCUGCCAUUGUUCCAACUAUUUUGAGGGGUGCAAGUUAUGUCCCGGAUGUAUCAUUGGCACUGCACUUGGCAACUUGGACGGCUGUAUCGCACCCGACUCCCGAAGCAGCGGCCACCAUGAACGCUUGGACUAACGUGUUGAACCUGCAUGACUUUGAGGCUUUGUGUAGGGCUCUUUGUAGCAAGACUACAGCUGCUGACAAGGGACGAUAG